GCUGGAAGGAGGAGGGGGCUGCUGGGUAACUAGGCUACAUUCAAGAUUGAUGGAGCAUGUUGCCAAGGUGUAGGGCACUUCUCCUAUGCAAGUGUGUGUUGUGCUUGUGUAGGUCCUCGCAGGAUGUGUGCGUGCAUACACACCUGUGCGUCUCAGGUAUCAACUGCGCGGUUUGGACUGAAAGCUUACACACUUUGUCUAACUAACCACAGACAAAGACAUCCGUCCCCCUAAUUCCCCACACUUAAGUCAGAGAUGUGAAGCCGCUGCCGGCAAUUUGUGCAAAAACCGGCGUAGAAUUACCCCGAGCCACAGGUGUCAUCACACACAGAUGCACCUCAUUUCCAUUGCAAAACACGGUGAUGUGUGUGCGCCAUUUGAAUGGGCUCGUCAAGAGAUAUCAGCUAUCAUUGAUGUGUUUGGUUUGGAGGCGGCGUGACCACCUGUCUGCUGCUGCAAUAUUUCCUGAACUUUUACAUGAAACAUGACACAAUGUGUUUGUACGAGACCGCAGGUUUGACCUGUGUCUACAUUAUAGUAAAUCAAGCGGCGAUGUGUGGCAGCCACUGCUGAGGAAAUCAGGGUAAAUACACAAAUGUGUCGAGAUUCGUUUGAACAGGACGGAACGCGAUGAUCAAGUCCACACCCAAGUCCUCACGCAGGUUGACCGCAAGAUUUCCCUGUGUCUCGCAAAGGUCUGGAGUUUGAAUUGCACCUUGUUUUGAUGUAGUUUCUUUUUUCUGCAUCAUGAUGCAUCAAUCAGAAUAUGUGGCAGCCACUAAUCAGAAGAUUAGGUAAAUAAAUGUGUGUUGGGAUUUGUUUGAACAGGACUGAACCAAAUGUGAUGAUGGAGGUCCACACCCAAGCCCUCACAGGGAUUGACCGCAAGUUUGACUUGUGUCUUGUAAAAGUUUGGAGUUUCAAUUGCACCUGUUUUAAUUUUUUUUUUUUUUCGGCACCAGAAUACCUCAAGCAUAAAUAUGUGGCAGGCACCGGUGAGAAGAUUUAGGUAAAUAAACAAAUGUGUGUUGGGAUCCGUUUGAACAGGACUGAACGUGAUGAUCGCAGUCCACACCCAAGUCCUCACAGGGAUUGGUGCAUCAGGGGGUGCAGCCAUUCAUGCAAUGUGGUGCGAGACCAAUACACACAUAAUCAGCGUGCGAUGCAUCCUCCAGCUUCAUGGCUAAUUAAGUGUGUGUGUGUGUGUGUGUGUGUGUGUGUGUGCGCGUGUAUCGGUGUGUAUGUGCCAGUCUGGUCCAGGGAGAAUUCCAGAAAUAGAUCGUGCACAGUGAGACACUCGCCUGUUUUCCUCUCUUUUAUUCCUCCAAAGGGAUUUUACAUGGCUUUUCAUCUCCCAUCCAAAGGAAUAAUUGCAUGUUUGCAUGCCUUAGAUGUCUUUAAGCCUUGCGCUCAGAAUAUAUAUGGAUCAGGUGCUCAUCGUGACUAAAAAUACAUGCAUGUGUGCAGAAUGUGUGUGUUAGUAGUCACUGAUUUGAUGUUGCAUGUCAAUUCCAUCCUCUUCUCUAGCCUCCGUUUUAUUUUUUUUUUUGCGCCGUUUCGGUGUUUUUUUCAUCCAUCGCCUCAUCCUCCUCGCCUCCCUCUCCUCUCUCCUCUCUCCCCUCCUUACCUCUGUCUUCCCCCUCUCCCCCCCCAAUGCACCCUCCUCCCCCUCCUACACCACCCCCCUCUCUGUCGCUCUGCUUUUUAUAGCCAUGUCUUCCCAGGGCUCGGCAGCUACAAAAGCCUUUUCAUGUUGCCACUAUAAUUACAGCCUACACACUUGCGCACACACACGCACACAUGCACACACACACACCGACUGACAUGCAUGCAUACACACACUAACACAGGAGAGGAGCAGCAGCACUGUGUCUUUGUGUCUGCAUGUGUGUGCGUGCUCUGCAUGUGCUGUUAUACACAAAAGGGUGAGCUAUUUUUACCUCUCUCCCUCCCUCCCUCCCCUCCUCUCCAUCACCCCCCGCCCCCCUCCUCCCCCCCUCUUCAUCCCUCUCUGCUGCUGCCAGCCACAUUUGCUAUGCUGAGCACAGGCAGUAUCAGUCGAGCCCAACAUCCCUCCUCUCGCACACUGAACUCACACACGAGCUGAUGAAGGCUGCUCCCUCGGUAUCCCUCAGAUUUCCAGCUUAUUUUAGAGCACCUCUGCAGCUGAGCAUCCCGACACAUUCACAGCUUUCGCCGGUCAUGGAUCAGGCACUCGCUCGGGUGGCGGUAGCGGUGCCGCGGCAUGUGCUCGCGGCUUUGCAGAUGACCUGAAGCCCGCGCGCUCGGACUGUGGUCUUAACUGCCUGAUUAGCAGGUUUGUGACUGGAAGCUCGUCUCAAUGUUGCGGACAAUAUUUGAAGCGGAGUGUGCUCUCUCUCCCACAGAGGGGAUCCUGGGAAAGGAUCAGCCGCUGGAGGUUCUGAAGACAUCGGCGCUCAACCACAUCCCAACAGUGGACAUCAACUCUGCGCUUCCCCUGCGUCUCCCUCCGGCCGCCAUCCCAAUGGACCUACGCGUGGACCAUCACCAGCAACAGCAGCAGCAGCAGGUGUCCUCGCUGUCCCCGCCCGGUCAGCAGUCGUCCUGCCCGGGCCAGGCCGGCGGGGUGGGGGCCUCGGUCCGCGAGCAGCAGCUGCAGCAGGAGCUGCUGACCCUGAAGCAGAAGCAGCAGAUCCAGCGGCAGAUCCUCAUCGCCGAGUUCCAGCGGCAGCACGAGCAGCUGUCCCGGCAGCACGAGGCCCAGCUGCAGGAACACAUUAAGCAGCAACAAGAGCUCCUGGCGCUGAAGCAUCAGCAGGAGCUUCUGGAGCACCAGAGGAAGAUGGAGAACCAUCGGCUGGAGCAGGAGCUGGAGAAGCAGCAGAGGGAGCAGAAGCUGCAGCUGCUGAAGAACAAGGAGAGGGGACAAGAGAGUGCCGUGGCCAGUACUGAGGUGAAGAUGCGACUCCAGGAGUUUGUCCUGAACAAGAAGAAGGCGCUGGCUCAGCGGAGCCUCAACCAGGGAGGCCACCCCAAUGAUGCUCCCUACUGGUACCGCAAAACUCAACACAGCUCUCUCGACCAGAGCUCGCCUCCACAGACUGGCGUGUCCACCUACAACCAACCUGUGCUGGGUGUCUACAACCCUCGGGACGACUUCCCACUGCGAAAGACCGCCUCGGAGCCCAACUUGAAGCUGCGCUCCAGGCUGAAGCAGAAGGUGAGCGAGCGGAGGAGCAGCCCGCUGCUGCGCCGCCGAGACAGCCCCAUCACUACCGCCAAGAAGCGCUCGCUCGACAUGGCAGACUCGGCAUGUAGCAGCGCCCCCGGCUCAGGCCCGAGCUCCCCGAAUAACAGCUCCAACAACAUCCCCAAUGAGAACGGCAUCACUGUGUCUGUCUCCAACAACACGGAGGCGUCUUUGGCCCAGAGGCUGUGCAGCAGUGCUGAGCGGGGCUCCGUUAACCAGCUGUCCCUCUACACUUCGCCAUCCUUACCCAACAUCACCCUGGGGCUGCCCGCCACUGCCACGGCCACUGCUGCUUCCAACGUGACGUCAGCCCAGCAGGACGGAGGACUGCAGCCGGCCCUCUCCCUCAGCCCUCCCUUUCUCUCCGGUGGCCACUUGACACCCUACCUGACAGAGGCUGGAGCGGGAACCGGCGGACACGGUGCACACAGUCCGCUGCUUCAACACAUGGUGCUCAUGGAGCAGAGCCCAGCACAGAGCCCCCUAGUGACAGGCGUGAGCGGCCUGUCCAUGUCCCCAGCAGCAUCCAUGGCCAAGCUGCAGCGGCAGCACCGGCCUCUGGGACGGACCCAGUCGGCCCCUUUGCCCCAGGGGAGCGCGGCACAGGCCCACGCCCAGGCCCUGGCCCUGCAGCAGCUGGUGGUCCAGCAGCAGCACCAGCAGUUCCUCGAGAAGCACAAGCAGCAGUUCCAGCAGCAGCAGCUCCACAUCAACAAGAUGAUGGCCAAGCCUAGCGAGUCCCCUGUUGGCCGUCAGCACCAGAGCCACCCGGAGGAGACAGAGGAGGAGCUGAGGGAGCACCAGGACGGAGGCGCCCUGCCGCCAGGGGUCACCAUCAAGCAGGAGCCCCCCGACCCGCAGGAGCUGCAGGAGGAGGCGAUGCAGCAGCACAGGGAGCGGGAGCGGCAGGCGGAGCAGGAGCUGCUCUUCAGACAGCAGGCCCUGUUGUUGGAGCAGCAGCGGAUCCAUCAGCUGAGAAACUAUCAGGCCUCCAUGGAGGCUGCUGGCUUGUCAAUCUCCUUCCCGGGACACCGCCCCCUGUCCAGGGCCCAGUCGUCUCCGGCCUCAGCGUCCUCCUUCCCAAUCAGCGUCCCCACUACUGAUCCUCCCACUAAACCUCGCUUCACCACAGGCCUGGUGUACGACUCUCUCAUGCAGAAGCACCAGUGCAUGUGUGGAAACACCAACAGCCACCCGGAGCACGCCGGCCGGAUCCAGAGCAUCUGGUCUCGUCUGCAGGAGACCGGACUCAGAGCGCAGUGUGAGUGUAUCCGUGGGAGGAAGGCCACGCUGGAAGAGCUGCAGACGGUUCACUCUGAAGCCCACGUCCUGCUGUAUGGAACCAACCCUCUCCGACAGAAACUUGAUUGUUCAAUCACUCCCAUGUUUGUAAGGCUACCGUGUGGAGGAGUGGGGGUGGACAGCGACACCAUUUGGAACGAGGUCCACUCCUCCAGUGCGGCUCGUCUUGCUGUCGGCUCGGUGGUGGAGCUCGUUUUCAAAGUGGCUACCAGAGAGCUGAAGAAUGGUUUUGCCGUGGUCCGCCCUCCUGGACACCACGCGGAGGAAAGCACUCCCAUGGGUUUCUGUUAUUUCAACUCUGUGGCCAUUGCAGCCAAACUGCUGCAGCAGAGACUCAACGUCAACAAGAUCCUCAUCGUGGACUGGGAUGUUCACCACGGCAACGGCACCCAGCAGGCUUUCUACGACGACCCCAACGUCCUUUACCUGUCUAUACAUCGCUAUGACGACGGCAACUUCUUCCCUGGAAGCGGAGCACCUGACGAGGUGGGCAGUGGGCCUGGAGUCGGGUUCAACGUCAACGUUGCCUUCACCGGAGGCCUUGAUCCACCCAUGGGAGACGUCGAGUACUUGGCUGCCUUCAGGUCAGUGGUGAUGCCCAUUGCCAACGAGUUUGCUCCAGACAUCGUGCUGGUCUCUUCAGGCUUCGAUGCUGUUGAGGGUCACCCUCCACCACUGGGCGGCUACACAUUGACGUCCAAGUGUUUCGGCUAUCUGACCAAGCAGCUGAUGACCCUUGCCGGAGGCCGGGUGGUCCUGGCUCUGGAGGGGGGUCACGACCUCACCGCCAUCUGUGACGCCUCCGAGGCCUGCGUGGCCGCACUGCUCGGCCAGGAGCUGGACCCGCUGCCUAAGGCCGUCCUGGAGCAGAGGCCCAACGCCAACGCAGUCCGCUCUCUGGAGAAGGUUUUAGAGACUCACAGUAAGUACUGGCGCUCGGUGCACCGCUACUCACCACGGCUGGGACUCUCCCUGCUGGAGGCCAAACGAGGAGACUCGGAGGAGGCCGAGGCCGUCAGCGCCAUGGCUUCUCUCUCCGUGGCUAACACCAAUGCCAUGGAUCAAAGGCCAGAAGAGGAACCCAUGGAGGAGGAGGAACCACUGUAACAGAGGGAACCACGAGGGUGUCACACUGUAAACCAUUGACCUCUCCGGAGAACGCCUCUUUGAGCUGCGAAGAGUCUCGACUGACCCCUUCAUUUAGUCCCCCUAACCCCACUCACCACGUCAGUCACCUUGAUUGGCGGCCCCUCGGCCAAAACACGAGGGAGAGGGGGUGGGCUCAGCCUCAGAGUAGGGAGCCAAUCAGGAGACGGAGGACUGAAUUGGGAAAAAAAGAAUUAGACAUACCGGCGGCGCUUGGCGGCGCUCGAUCAGAGACACUCAUUUUUUUUCUGUCAGUCUUCGCACCCCUACGUUAGCCCACUGCGGCUAACCAAGUGACCAAGGCAGCAGCGGGCGAGUGUAUUUGGAGUUUUGGGGCGAGCUCAGGUCUCGUCACGGAGAGGUGCGGAAACAUAACGGUGCUUUACACAGCUGCCUUCUGACCACACACAGUAUGGACACCAGGGACAGCAGAUGAUCCCAGCUGUCAAACGCAGCGCGGGAGUUUCUUUUUUUCUCUUUUACUCAACUAUUUUUCCCGACGAAACAAACAAAGGGCAUCGCGGCAACUGAGAUACUGUUUUACAACGAUGCGUUCACUGUGGCCGAAAAAAAAAGUUUGAGUCGGCUUUUUGCAAAGAUUUGACGGGGAAGACUUGUCGCCUCGCCGGAUGCAGCCUGUCGUUGUGAAGGUUGACGAGUGAGAGGAGUGCCUUGGUGAGGGGUCCGCUGGAUUUCAGGAUUGUUCAGGAAAAGAUUGCCUUAAGUCUAAAAGAUUUUUCUCGCUGAGGAGUCGGCGCGAGGGAGGGAGGGCGGGAGGGAAAGAGGGAGGGAGACGGAGAGUUUCACACUCUCCUGUUUCCGUGGGGGGGAUGACGAACAUAAAGCAAACAAUCUUUCAGCAUGUUUACUUGGAACGUGACGACGACAGCAUUUAUGUCUCUCACAGCCUCUCUCGAAGAGUUACUUUACUUUUGGAUGGAUCUAUUUUUCUGUAAAACAAAAAAAAGAGAAAGAAGACGCUUUGUAAAGGUAGUUGCCAGCUUCAGUAGAGGAAAAAAACCACACAACGGUGCAAACAUGGAGACCUUCAGACGAGGAAAAUUAGAUUGAAAAACUCUCAAAAAAAGCCUUUGAUGUAGCUUCCCUUUAACUGAAGUCAUCGCUUUGUAAACACAUGAAGCAUGCAUCCGAGCAGAGAGAGAGAGAACCAGGCGAGUUUUUUUGUUUUUGUUUUUUUUGCAAGAUUCUUGAAUGUUAUCCAAAAGAGAAAAAGCCAAGCAAAGAAAAGCCAAAGCAUGAGUUUGCAUUUUUACAGUAGUACUUUUCACUCCUCUCGAUAAAAACACUUCUCAUCUUGGUCCUUUCAGACAAAAAGGCUUGAUGUUUACUGAUUGAACCCGUCACGGAUCAAGUGAGCAUCUCCGUGCCGACUGCUUUGGCCUCCCAUGCUUUGCCGGUUGGCAGCUACCUUGGUUUUCGCUAGUGUGAGCUCAAACAUUAGUCAUGUAUAUUGAAUUGAAUAUAUUUUGAGAGGCAGUAAUCGAGUAUUGCCCCGGUUUGUAUCUACAUGUAUGAUUUCCAACAUCGAGUUGUCAAUUUUUUGCGAUAUCGACAAACUGUUGUUUGGUAAGCGUGUCCACUUUUCUUUUUUCUUUUUUUCUUUUUUUUAUUGUAUAAGAUUAUUUUUCUAACUCUUUUUUUUUCAUCCAUAGAUUUUUGUUCUGUAUUUUUAUCCGUUUUCUGGAUAGUUAUAGGGCUGCCAUUCACACAACUUAGUACUCGUGUCACUACUUGUUCAAAAACUUUCUUUCUUUCUUGUAUUUAUCAGAAAUAAGGAGCGACUUUCUUCCUUUCUUUCUUUCUACGGCUCUCUCGGCCUUUUUCUGCAUUUUCAUCAACUGUGUAUUUAUAACAUGUACUUGUUUAUAGGAGAUUUGUAUAUGGAAAAUUUAUAAAUGUACUCUAACUAAUGACAGCUAUGAUAUUGUGAGCGACAAACAGUAUGGUGUAUGAUAUUACUCCAUGAACUUUAAAGAAGAAGAAGAAGCAGCAUAUUUAAACUCGUCAUCGACUGCACUGUUUCGCCCUCGAGUGAAAUCAUUACACGGCACUGCAAUUGACUUUUUCCCGAUCACCCCCCCACCUCGGAGUGAUCGCUUUGAUGCCUAAUUGAUACGUUUCUCCUCCCGUGCAUGGCGCCGUGUGCACAUUUCGACUGUGACAACACAUCCAAAAUGAGGUUUAGAGGCCGUUUUAUGUAGCGAGCUGAGUUUACAGAGGGUCGAACGUGUCGAAAAAAUGGAGACGUUUCCGACGGAAAGCAUCAGGCGAUAAUUUAAGAAUCUCUUUCUGAGCAUGUGUUGCACUCUCACGACAUCAGUGCCUCCUUCUUCCCUCCCCCCCUGCUUUGACUUCAGCUGACCUGAAACCAGUCGGAGGUCAAAUCACAUUCAAAUUGAUCCACAUCUGUCAACUGCUCUAUCGACUAUCAUGUUCACUUUGAGUUGAUAUCAUUUUAUAAACUUGUAAAAUUUGAGCUUAAGUUGAUUUUUUAAAUUUUGUUUUUGUUCACGUCUGUCAAACAUUCCACUUGUUACAUGUUCAAUUUGGCUUUUUUAUUUUAUUUUAUUUUUUUGGAGUUUUAUUUUGUAGAAAACUUUAAUACUACUCUUAAGUUUUUUUGCCGUCUGCUCGCGCCAACUUUAACUCUUUGCAUGGUUUGUGAGUCAGCAUGCCUGCUUGUCUAUGUAACAAAAAAUGUAUUUGCACAAUAGAAGAAGAAACACUGGAGGACUUAAGAAAAAAAAGGAAAAAUACUAAAAAAAAAAAAAAAAAACCUCCCCGAGAGCAACCAGGUAGGACAGGUUUUCUUCCUCUCUGGUGUGCGAGCAAUUCAGAAGACUUUGUCCAAAUGACUCCGCUGAGAAACAUUUGAUAUUGUUCUUAUUGAAUAUCGUUUCCAAUAAGUGAUUUUAAACAUGAUUCAGCACUUACACGAUGUGUAUAUGGACUGUGCUAAAGAGAAACACGCUCUGCCAAAACCUCUGCUACAUUCACACCUUAUCAAAAGACUCUCCCAAAGAAUGUUCCUCUUCUCAAAGAUCUUUGAACGGGCACUAGAAAUCGACGGAUAUCGGUUUUGGGGGGUUAAAAAAAAGGGCAUCGUCGUUUAUUGAUUGUCACACCCACCUCGGCCAGUUCUACACAUAUAUAUAUAUAUAACCACUGUGGCUCAAGAGCAUUUCUCGGUUUACAUGUAAAUGGAUAAAAAAAAGUUAUUUUUUGUUUGUUGUUUGUCUCUAUUGAUGAAAAACUCUUUCUUUGGGACCUACGCUUUGGACAUUUCAUCUCUGACAUCAUCUAUAAAAUAUAUUUCUGAAAAAUA